CGACAACAACCACUCUACUUGUUUCUCUGCGAUAAUUCUGUUCCUGCUCAGCGUUGUCUAAAAUAUGGUUCUUGCCUCAGCUCAGUCUGCUUCACGCGCGUUGAACGCGACUUUGCCUCUCAUAUCGUCUGGGCAAGCAUAUGAAGCUCAUCAGAAAGCGCGUACAUUCGCAUCCAGAUAUGUCAAGUCCAACCACUACGAUACUGCCAUCGAUGUUCUCUUUCAGUCUGCACGGGAGUUGCUGAAGGCAGGGAAGCAAGGUAGUGGGACUGAUCUGGCAUGUUUCAUGUUGGAUGUCUACGACAGCAAGGGAGAGUCUGUCAACGAGGAGAGUCGGGGUAGAAUCACACAACUCAUCGCAUUAACGGGACCUGGUGGGUCGUGGCGGAAGACCACCACGGACAGGGCGAUUGCGUGGUCAGCGAAACAUGGAGGCUGCCCUGCUGGUGACCCUGAUCUGCACCACUACAUCGGCGAGCUACUGUAUCGAGAGGGCGCCUUUGACUCCGCCGAACCCCAUUUCCUGGCGUCAGGAAAGCGUGAUAGCGCUCGUCUGCUCGCACAGAUGUUUGCGGAAUGGGCGGCGACGAGAGGCUAUGACGGCGCCUUCGCCCUGCGAGGAGUCAUACCCUACUUGCAGAAUGGAAACAUACUUGCAGCGCGAACCUUCAUCACACAAUAUGUGACUGAGCUCACUUCAAACAAACCAGCGUUGGUUUCGCCGCUUCAAUCCACCCCUAUCCCAGUGGGAAAUACGAAGGAUGGCCAAGUUGAUGAACUUAUCUUUACCACGGAGCCUGUCAUGAACUUCGCACAACUUGCAGUGCGAACGUGUCAGCGUGCGCAAGGUGCGCAGAAUAAAGCAAUACGAGAAGCUUGGGUGAGGCUGUGCGGAACGUACCAAAGUAGAAGCAGCUUGAUCGCUUCCAAGGAAGUCAGAAAGGCCCUGAUAGAACUUGCGGAGCUGUACUUCGCGAUUCCCCCUCCGAGGGCCCAACAAGCAAAUCCCUUGGGCGAUAUGCUAUCGGCCAUGUUUGGUGGUGGCGCCCCAACGAACUCGGCGUCUGCAAGAAGAGUUUUGUCGCCGCCACCUACGACAAACUCUCCUGGAUUAGAUUAGCGUGCGAGCGAUAGU